AGCAAAGAUUUUCACCAGAAGAAAAUCAACACCAGCAUAACCUUAGCUGGAUUCAGUCAUAAGUAGUCGUCAGCCCACUCUGAAUUACCAAACCUUUCACACCCACCACCACCACCACCCCCCACCCUUGUCGUCCUCCUCCUCAUCACACACACACACACACACACACUGUGGAAAUAGUCUCCACAGAAGUGCUACAUUCACUCUCACAGUCCACACAUAAACAAGACACACUCUACUCUCUCUAGACCAUCAAAAAUGGCCAUCUUCCUCUUCCUCCUCAUUCUCCUCUUAUCCUGUGCACCCCACCUCUUAACUUCAACCACCGCCAUUGCCACCCACAAUCGCAGAAUCCUCCACCAGCCCUUCUUGCCACUAGACUCUAUACCUCCUUCUCAGCCUCCAUCCCCUUCACCCCCAACCCCCAAAAUCCCAUUUUCCACAUCUACCCCCAACCAAGAGCCCUUUUUUCCAUCCUAUCCUUCCUCACCUCGUCCACCCUCUCCUCCCUCUCCCUCUUCCUUCGCCUCCUUCCCCGCCAAUAUCUCUUCUCUCAUCCUACCACAAACCACCAAACCAAAAUCCACUUCCAAACUCGUCCCCGUCGCCGUUACCCUCGUCAUCGUUGCCGCCAUUAUCGCCACCGUUGUCAUGUUUCUGUACAUUCGUCGUCGGAGACGACGGAGUUUCAGCGACGACAAGACUUACAGAUCCGAUAACAGUAGCAGACUGUUCCAUUACAGUGCUCGAUAUGCUCCCAAUGGCAGUCACAAGCAGCGUAGAUCGCCUCCCAAUAGCUCUGAGUUUCUUUAUCUGGGUACAAUUGUUGAUUCUCGCGGUGGCAUCGACGCUCAUGUUGCUUCCAAUAACGGAGGUGCUAGUUACAGAAGUGGUGGCGGAGAAAAUCAAAUGAAACUAAACUCGCCGGAGCUCCACCCUCUUCCACCGCUUACCGCGCAACAUUUGCCUACGAAUUACGAAAAUGUCGAUGUGGGUUCUGCUGGGGACGAGGAAGAUGAAGAGUUUUACUCUCCGAGUGGGUCUUUAGGCGGUCGAGAGAGUUCGAUCGACACUAGAUCGGCGUCGAGGAGAAUGUUUGAGGUUGUAGCAGGGGAGAAUUUUGAGAGGAAGAGCUCUAAAUCCACUUCUUUGUCCUCCUCGUCUUCGAGUUCGGGUUCACCAACUCAUUCAGAAUCACUAAGUAUCUCUCCGCCGGCUAAUUUGUCUCCGAGACCAAAAUCGCCGGAAUUGGUUGCGGUUCAUAUUCCUCCGCCGCCUCCUUUGCCACCGCCAAUUGCGACCCCGUUGCCUAAUAAGAUUUAUUCACCUUCCCCUUCGCCUUCUCCGCCUUCUUCGACCUCACCGGAAAGAUCUUUGCCGAACAGCCAAGAUUCAUCACCCAGAUUAUCAAACGUGGAGUCUCCAGCUUUACUUAUUAACACUCUUCCACCGCCACCGCCACCGCCACCGCCACCGCCACCGCCUCAGCCUCCGCGGCGGCCGCCACCACCACCACCACUGCCACCACUACCAAGGCAUUGGGAAACGCCGGUUUCUACUCCGUCAAUUCGUCAGCCAAUGUUGAAACCACCGGUUCUAGUAACACCUUCAAGGCCUAUUAUAGUUCAAACUCCAACUUCUAUUUCUCCGAUGGAAUUGCCUCCGAAUUUGGGAACAGUUGAAAAUGAUGAGGAGAGUUUGAAACCAAAAUUGAAGGCCUUACAUUGGGACAAAGUAAGAGCAAGUUCUGGUCGUGAAAUGGUGUGGGAUCAGCUGAGGUCGAGCUCGUUUAAAUUGAAUGAGGAGAUGAUUGAAACAUUGUUUGUUGUUAAUACUCCGAACUCAAACCCGAAGGAACCUAUUCGACGCCCAAUUCUUCCUUCACCAAACCAAGAGGACAGGGUACUUGAUCCAAAGAAGUCACAGAACAUUGCAAUUUCACUGAGGGCACUAAAUGUGACCACAGAAGAAGUUUGUGAAGCCCUUUUAGAAGGCAAUGCAGAUACCCUUGGAACUGAGCUCCUUGAAUGUUUAUUGAAGAUGGCUCCAACUAAAGAGGAAGAACGUAAGCUGAAAGAGUACAAAGAUGAUUCACCAGUCAAACUCGGACCUGCUGAGAGAUUUCUGAAAACAGUGCUUGAUAUACCUUUUGCAUUUAAAAGGGUGGAUGCAAUGCUCUACAUAGCUAAUUUUGAUUCUGAGGUUGAGUACCUCAAAAGGUCAUUUGAAAAUCUAGAGGCAGCUUGUGAAGAACUGAGGAACAGCAGGAUGUUUUUGAAGCUUCUAGAAGCUGUGCUGAAGACUGGGAACCGCAUGAAUGUUGGAACAAAUAGGGGUGAUGCCCAGGCUUUCAAGCUGGACACACUCCUCAAGCUCGCUGAUGUCAAGGGUGCAGAUGGAAAGACCACUCUCUUGCAUUUUGUUGUUCAGGAAAUAAUAAGAAGCGAAGGUGCUCGCCUUUCUGCUGCUAACCAAAAUGCAAAAUCUACCUUCAACGAUGAUGCCAAGUGCAGGAAGCUGGGCCUACAAGUAGUUUCUGGUCUCAGUUUGGACCUCGCAAAUGUGAAGAAAGCCGCUGCCAUGGAUUCAGAUGUGCUUAAUGGUGAUGUCUUAAAGCUUUCUAAAGGAAUUGGGAACAUUGCAGAGGUUGUACGAUUAAACAAAGCAAUUGGGUCAGAGGAAAGCACCUGGAAAUUUUCUGAGUCCAUGAACAGGUUCAUGAAAAUGGGUGAGGAGGAGAUUAUAAGAAUUCAAGCCCAAGAAAGUGUAGCUCUUUCUCUUGUGAAAGAAAUCACCGAGUACUUCCAUGGAAACUCGGCCAAGGAAGAAGCUCAUCCAUUUAGAAUCUUCAUGGUAGUGAGGGACUUCCUAACGGUUCUUGACCGGGUCUGCAAGGAAGUUGGAAUGAUCAAUGAGCGAACAAUAGUCAGUACUGCUCAUAAAUUUCCGGUACCAGUGAAUCCUACACUGCCGCCAGGUUCAAGUGGAUUCCCUGGAACACAGCAGCAUAGUUCAUCUGAAGACGAGGGCUCAUCUCCUUAGUGCUUAUAUCAGGUGAUCUUUUUGUUGCUUUUUAGCCAAAACUGAAUGUAAUUUGCAGUAUAGCAGGGUAGGAGCUUUGUGUGAAAUGGGGCCUGCCGGUUAUUUGAUAUAUGUAUUUUUUUUCAUUUUUGUAUUUAUAUAGAUCCGUGUAAAGAAUUUUGGAAACUAAUUUAUAGAUGAUGUAGAGAAGAAAUUUUCUAUGGAAGGAACAAGGCAAUUAUUACCUA